UGCCAGGGUUCACCCUGCUGGGCUCGGAGAUCCUGACGUGCAGGCUGGGGGAGAGGCUCCAGAUGGACGGCCCUCCACCUCUCUGCCAAGUACAAUGUCCUGCUAACGAGGUCCGCUUUGACUCCACGGGGGUGAUCCUGAGUCCCGGCUACCCAGACAGUUACCACAACCUCCAGACGUGUUCCUGGCUCAUCAACGUAGAGAAGGGCUACAACGUCACCCUCCACUUCCAGCUCUUCCAGACUGAGAAGGAGUUUGACAUCCUGGAAAUAUUUGACGGUCCUAACAUCUACAGCCAGAGCCUGGCGUCCCUCAGCGGUGACAUCACCACGCCCUUUAACCUCACGACCUCUGGUCAUCAGUUGCUUCUGCGCUGGUCGUCUGACCACGGCACCAACAGGAAGGGCUUCCACGUCAGAUAUGUGGCAAUGUACUGCAGUACUCCAGACUCCCCCCAGCAGGGUUUUGUAGUGAGCCAGACAGGAGGGCAUCUCAACAGUGUGGUGCGUUGGGGCUGUGACCGGGGCUACCGGCUUAUUGGAAAGGCCACAGCUGUCUGUAAGAAGACGGCCUUUGGGUAUUAUACCUGGGACUCAACGGUACCUGCAUGUCAAGCCGUGGCGUGUGGCGUGCCCACUGCGCCGCUGAAUGGAGGCGUCCAGGCUGUUGAUUACUCCGUGGCAGCACGGUUAACCUACUUCUGCAACAACGGCUUCAGGCUCUCAUCCAAGGAUCUCACCACCACCGUCUGCCAGCCUGACGGCACCUGGAGCAACCACAACAAGAUACCCCGCUGCCCAGUGGUGGUCUGCCCCAGUCUGGGCUCCUUCUCUCUGGACCACGGGAAGUGGACGAUCGUAAACGGGUCCAGCUAUGAGUUCAGAACCAAGGUGGUCUUCAGCUGUAACCCGGGUUACUACCGGCUCGGUCCCGCUCACAUCCAGUGCCUGGCCAAUGGGGCGUGGAGCUGGCGGAAUGAACGACCUCGAUGCAGAAUCAUUUCCUGUGGAGAGCUGCCCACUCCUCCUAAUGGGAGAAAGAUUGGAACUCAGACUACCUUUGGAGCCUCCGCCAUCUUCAGCUGCAACCCUGGAUACAUCCUGGUGGGCUCCACCGUGAGGGAGUGCAUGCUGUCAGGACUGUGGAGCGGCACAGAGACUCAAUGCCUGGCUGGUCACUGCGGUAUCCCGGAGCAGAUUGUGAACGGUCAGGCGAUAGGGGAGAACUUCGGAUACAGAGACACCGUGGUCUACCAGUGUAACCCUGGCUUCAGACUCAUAGGAUCCUCGGUCCGCAUCUGCCAGCAGGAUCACCUCUGGUCUGGACAGCUGCCGCUGUGUGUCUCAAUCACAUGUGGCCAUCCAGGCAGUCCCAUCUAUGGGAGAACUACAGGGGACGGAUUCAACUACAACGAUGUGGUCAGCUUCUUCUGUAACCAAGGUUACGUACUGGAGGGAGAGUCCAGAGCCCAGUGCCAGGCGAGUCGCCAGUGGAGUCAACAGCCACCUUCGUGUAGAGUGGUGAACUGCACAGACCCUGGCAUCCCGGCUAACUCCAUCAGGGAGAGUAAGAUAGAGCACGGUAACUUCACCCUGGGCAGUGUGGUGUUCUACACCUGUAACCCUGGAUACUACCUGUUCGGUUCCUCCGCACUGACCUGUCAACCUAUUGGCCACUGGGACAAACCUCUACCUGAAUGUCUUGAGGAGGACUGUGGGAACCCUGGCUCUCCUCCCUACGGUACCAUGGUUGGGGACAAGUUCUCGUUUGGCUCCACGGUUCAGUACUCCUGUUCAGGGGACAGAGAGCUGAUUGGAGAGGUAUCACUCACCUGUCAAAUCAAUGGACACUGGAGUGGACCCAUACCUCACUGUUCAG